CAUAUUGAACUCGAGUUGGAAGAGGCGAGUCCGGUCUCAAAAUGGAGGGCCAUGAUCCAAAGGAACCAGAGCAGUUGAGAAAACUGUUUAUUGGUGGUUUGAGCUUUGAAACUACAGAUGAUAGUUUAAGAGAACAUUCUGAAAAAUGGGGCACACUUACAGAUUGUGUGGUGAUGAGAGACCCCCAAACAAAACGUUCCAGGGGUUUUGGUUUUGUGACUUACUCUUGUGUGGAGGAGGUGGAUGCAGCAAUGUGUGCUCGACCACACAAGGUUGAUGGGCGUGUAGUGGAACCAAAGAGAGCUGUUUCUAGAGAGGAUUCUGUAAAGCCUGGUGCCCAUCUACCUGUGAAGAAAAUUUUUGUCGGUGGUAUUAAAGAAGAUACAGAAGAAUAUAAUUUGAGAGACUACUUUGAAAAGUAUGGCAAGAUUGAAACCAUAGAAGUUAUGGAGGACAGGCAGAGUGGAAAAAAGAGAGGAUUUGCUUUUGUAACUUUUGAUGAUCAUGAUACAGUUGAUAAAAUUGUUGUUCAGAAAUACCACACUAUUAAUGGGCAUAACUGUGAAGUGAAAAAGGCCCUUUCUAAACAAGAAAUGCAGUCUGCUGGAUCGCAAAGAGGUCGUGGAGGUGGAUCUGGCCACUUUAUGGGUCGUGGAGGAAACUUUGGAGGUGGUGGUAACUUUGGCCGCGGUGGAAACUUUGGUGGAAGAGGAGGCUAUGGUGGUGGAGGUGGUGGUAGCAGGGGUAGUUAUGGAGGAGGUGAUGGUGGAUAUAAUGGAUUUGGAGGUGAUGGUGGCAACUAUGGUGGUGGUCCUGGUUAUAGUAGUAGAGGAGGCUAUGGUGGAGGUGGACCAGGAUAUGGAAACCAAGGAGGUGGAUAUGGUGGCGGUGGUGGAGGAUAUGAUGGUUACAAUGAAGGAGGAAAUUUUGGAGGUAACUAUGGUGGCGGUGGGAACUAUAAUGAUUUUGGAAAUUAUAGUGGACAACAGCAAUCAAAUUAUGGACCCAUGAAGGGGGGCAGUUUUGGUGGAAGAAGCUCGGGCAGUCCCUAUGGUGGUGGUUAUGGAUCUGGUGGUGGAAGUGGUGGAUAUGGUAGCAGAAGGUUCUAAAAAUUUUCAGAAGAAAAGGGCUACAGUUCUUAGCAGGAGAGAGAGCGAGGAGUUGUCAGGAAAGCUGCAGGUUACUUUGAGACAGUCGUCCCAAAUGCAUUAGAGGAACUGUAAAAAUCUGCCACAGAAGGAACGAUGAUCCAUAGUCAGAAAAGUUACUGCAGCUUAAACAGGAAACCCUUCUUGUUCAGGACUGUCAUAGCCACAGUUUGCAAAAAGUGCAGCUAUUGAUUAAUGCAAUGUAGUGUCAAUUAGAUGUACAUUCCUGAGGUCUUUUAUCUGUUGUAGCUUUGUCUUUUUCUUUUUCUUUUCAUUACAUCAGGUAUAUUGCCCUGUAAAUUGUGGUAGUGGUACCAGGAAUAAAAAAUUAAGGAAUUUUUAA